AUGUCCGGCCAGUUCACCGAGCACCAGCUGCGCGACGGAGUCGUCCUGCCGCACGUACUCAACAAAGCUCCCAAAGGCACCAAAGCUCACGUCCUCAACCUCGGCUACCUCCAAGCCGAUGCCGGAUGGUUCAAACGUGGCGCCAACCAGUCUCUCAUGAGCAACCCCAAGGGACCCGAGACUCCCGAACGACGCGACCUCAUCGUCUACGCCGUUUUGAUCGAACAUCCUACCGAGGGUCUGAUCCUGUGGGAGACCGGGUGUGGAAAGGACUAUCCCACGGUGUGGGGUGCUCCCCUGAACGACAUUUUCGCGCGUUCCAGGUACGACGAGGUGCACGAACUGGAAGCGGCCAUCGCCAAAACGGGAAACAACAUCAAAGACAUCAAGCAGGUCAUCAUCGGACACCUGCACCUCGACCACGCCGGAGGUCUCGAGAACUUCCGAAAGACCGACAUCCCCAUCUGGGUCCACGAACGUGAACUCAAAUCCGCCUUCUUCAGCUGUGCCACCGGCGCAGACCGUGGCGUCUACCUCCCGCACUACCUCUCCAUCGACGAACUCAACUGGAAGUGCUUCGACGACAGAACCAUCGACUUUGCUCAAGGCAUCACUCUCCACCACCUGCCCGGUCACACAGACGGCCUCAUCGGCAUGCAGCUCAACCUGGAGAACGACGGCACCUUCUUCUUCGUCAGCGAUCACGCUCACAUCAUGGACAACUACAAACCAGGUAUCCCCCAGGGUUGGCUGGCUAGAGAUCAUCCGGCGUGGUUCAACUCGAACCAGAGGCUGCAGAGGAUGGAGAAGACGACCGGCGGCCUGGUGAUUCCGGGACACGAUCUGGAGGCCGUCGAGCCGCUGUUGGGUCGUGUCCUUUCUUGA